AUGCCAGAUGUCGUACAUAGUACCUGGUGUAGGAAAGGUGUUGAUCAAGUCGAGAGCUUCAUCAACGGGCACCUGUCCUUUGUUGAGUCGGAAGCGUGCGCGCAGAGUUUGCAUUGCACGCAGCGCCCCCCGCUUGAAGGCAGGGAACUCCUCGUGUCGAAAACGGAGCAUGGGUUUGCUCAUCAGCGUAAGACAGCCAAGGUUCUGGAGUAUUUGCGGACUAGGCAGGACAACGGCUCGCCACAGCUGUACCUGCAGCAAAUACGGGAGCUCGAGCCGUACAUUCGAGACUCAUACUCCAGUGCGGUUAUCGCGGAGCGCUAUGUUGAAGGCCUGGACCCAGCAGUAAGGGAGCGCAUCAGAACCAAGUACGAGCUCACCCCACGUGAGGGAUGGCAUGCUCAACUCAACAGCAUUGCAACGGACGCUGAAACAAUCUGGAUCAACCUGCAGCAAGCCCAGGCCGAGCGGGAACGACAUUCCAGCAGCGACCACGCCUCCGGGUCCAAGCAAGCUAUUACAAGUGAGAGGGAGAAACGGCUGCGCAAGCAGCCAAGCAAAAGCAGAGACAGCGGCUCCGGCCAGUCUAAGUUCUAUUGCAAGCACCACGGCGCCAACAGCUCCCACGACAGCAAGGAUUGCCGGGUUCUAAACGGUCGCCCAACAGGAAGUAGCAAGAGUGCCGCAGCUACGGGUUCCCAUCAACCUGAUGAAUUGGCAGCAAUGAUCACCGCAGCAGUACAGUCUGCAUUAGGCGCGAGUCGUGCUGCUAUGGUUUCUACAUCCGAGCAGCAGGCCCCAGCCACGAAGUAUGCUGCCGAUCAGCAACGGCGGCAGAACCGAGGUGGCGGAGGCAAUGUCAACAAUGGAGGUGCCUCCAAUAGGCGUCCCCGCAUGUAUGAUGGUCCACCCUGCGAGUAUUGUGGGCGGUAUGGCCAUGAUGAGCCAAACUGCCGGCUACGAGACCAGAACAGUCGUGUCGGCAGCUGCACGUGGUGCCUAUUCGAGGCACACACGGAGGCCAAUGUCGGGCGCGGGGCCACCGUGCGCUUCCGUGGCUACACCCAAGCAGUCAGCCAGCACUUCAUAAAGCGGAAUGCAGGCAAGAGCCUGAAGGUCGGCGCCCGGGCUCUCAAGAAGACCCAUCGGCAUUUCGUCAGCACGGGCAGUGUCAUGCAGGCGAUGUACAGGAUGCUCCACCUUGGGACUCCACACAAGAUCACGCAGAAGCAGUUCGAUGAGGCGGCGCUCCAGACUGGGUGCAAGGGCCUGACUGCCUUUGCGGCCCUGCCGCUGUUUGGGAUCAGCCAGGAGGGCCUGGCCAUUGGCGGGCCCGCGCCUGGCAAGGCGACCGCCACCAGCAACUUCAUGACGCAGUUUCAGAAGAAGGUCUUGGACAAGAUCCUGCGACCGUCGACUAUCACUGCAGACCACGGUGCUGUGGCAGCCGCAGUGGGAGCUGAGGCAGUGGAUACUGCGGCUAACGACGGUGAUGGAGGCAUCGCAGCAGCAGCAACCGCAGGGGGGGACACCGGCACGGGUCCCAGGCAGGGCGAGGCGGGCGUUGCCCAGGACGAGGAUACCACCAACUACGAUGCGUCCAAGGAGUGGGUCAGCGAGGUGCCAAGAGUGGCUAAGGGUGCAGCUGGCAAGCGCAGGCGGGGUGGCGGUGAUGAUGACGACCUGGGUACGAGGCCAAAGCACUUCAAGUUUGUGCACACUGGGAUUCUGUACCUGGCAAUGGUGGACUUCUGGGAAGGACCGCAUGUGGACUUCGUCAACGUUAGGCUGCCGAAUGACGGCUUCACCUACGUGCACAGUGGGCAGCAGGAAGAGGAGAUUUUUUGGCACAGAUGCGGCAGCUGGGUGGAGCUCGACAGCAUGCUGCUGAUGGAGUUCUUCCCGAACCUCACCAAGAUUGUAGUGAACAAGUUCGCCUCAACCAUCCUCAUGGGUGGUCAAUAUUGUCCAGGUUGUGGUCAGUUCCAUGCAACCAGCUGA